GGGGCGGAGCCCGCGGGGCGCGUGGAACCAGUCGGCGGCUGGUUCCAAGUCCCAGGAUGAUUCACGAGCUGCUCUUGGCGCUGAGCGGGUAUCCCGGGGCCGCGUUCACCUGGAGCAAAAGGAGCGGCCUCCAGGUGUCCCAGGAGCUGCCGUUCCUGCACCCCAGCGAGAGCAGCGUCCUCAAUCGGCUCUGCCGCCUCGGCACCGACUACAUUCGCUUCACCGAGUUCAUCGAGCAGUACACGGGCCACGUGCAACAGCAGGAUCAUCACCCUUCCCAGCAGAACCAAUGUGGGUUACAUGGGAUUUACUUGCGGGCCUUCUGUACAGGGCUCGAUUCAGUGCUGCAGCCCUACCGACAGGCGUUGCUUGACCUGGAGCAGGAGUUCCUGGCUGACCCUCACCUCUCCAUCUCCCACAUUAACUACUCCCUGGAUCAGUUCCAACUCCUCUUCCCCUCGGUGAUGGUUGUGGUGGAGCAGAUCAAGACUCAGAAGAUUCAUGGCUGUCAACUCCUGGAGACUGUCCAUAAACACAGCUGUGGGGGGCUGCCCCCUGUGCGUAGUGCACUGGAAAAGAUCCUGGCUGUAUGCCAUGGAGUCAUGUAUAAGCAGCUCUCUGCCUGGAUGCUGCAUGGACUGCUCCUGGACCAACAUGAAGAGUUCUUUGUUAAACAAGGCCCAUCUUCUGGGAAUGUCCCUGCCCAGCCUGAAGAAGAGGAUGAUGACCUGGGAAUUGGGGGACUAACAGGAAAACAGCUGCGAGAGCUGCAGGACCUGCGGCUGAUUGAGGAGGAGAACAUGUUAGCACCAUCUCUGAAACAGUUUUCUCUGCGAGUGGAAAUGUUACCAUCGUACAUCCCUGUCCGGGUUGCUGAGAAAAUCCUCUUUGUGGGAGAAUCAGUACAGAUGUUUGAGAAUCAAAAUGUGAACCUGACCAGAAAAGGCUCCAUCUUGAAGAACCAGGAAGACACUUUUGCUGCAGAGCUACACCGCCUCAAGCAGCAGCCACUCUUUAGUCUGGUGGACUUUGAGGCUGUGGUUGACUGGAUUCGGAGCAUGGUUGCUGAGCACCUAUGGAAACUGAUGGUAGAAGAAUCAGAUUUACUAGGACAACUAAAGAUUAUUAAGGAUUUUUAUCUGUUGGGGAGAGGAGAACUGUUCCAGGCCUUCAUAGACACUGCACAGCACAUGUUAAAAACCCCACCCACAGCUGUAACGGAACAUGAUGUCAAUGUUGCGUUCCAGCAGUCUGCUCACAAGGUGUUGCUAGAUGAUGAUAACCUCCUUCCUUUGCUCCACCUUACCAUUGAGUAUCAUGGAAAGGAGCAUAAAGAUGCUUCUCAGGCUCGUGAAGGACCUUCCCGGGAGUUAUCUCCCCGUGAAGUCCCCACAUCUGGUUGGGCAGCUCUGGGGCUCUCUUAUAAAGUGCAGUGGCCAUUGCACAUCCUCUUCACUCCUGCUGUCUUGGAGAAAUACAACGUUGUAUUCAAAUACUUGCUGAGUGUGCGGCGGGUCCAGGCUGAGCUGCAGCACUGCUGGGCUCUCCAGAUGCAGCGCAAGCACCUGAAGUCCAACAGAACUGAUGCCAUCAAGUGGCGUCUGAGGGAUCACAUGGCCUUCCUUGUGGAUAAUCUUCAGUACUAUCUGCAGGUGGAUGUGCUGGAGUCUCAGUUCUCACAGCUUCUGCUGCAGAUAAACUCCACUCGGGAUUUUGAGAGCAUCCGGUUGGCUCAUGAUCACUUCUUAAGUAACCUGUUGGCUCAAUCCUUCAUCCUGCUCAAACCUGUUUUCCAUUGCCUGAAUGAAAUCCUGGAUCUCUGUCACAGUUUCUGUUCUCUGGUCAGUCAGAAUUUGGGCCCAUUGGAUGAGCGUGGAGCUGCACAGCUGAGCAUCCUGGUAAAGGGCUUCAGCCGUCAGUCCUCGCUCCUCUUCAAGAUUCUCUCCAGCGUUCGCAACCACCAGAUAAACUCUGACUUGGCUCAGCUGCUGCUCCGCCUGGACUACAACAAAUACUACACCCAGGCUGGCGGGACCUUGGGCAGUUUUGGGGUUUGAGCACUGAGACCGGUUUUUCUGGCUGAGAACUAGUGUGCAGCAAGGACAACUGCUGCUGCAGUGAGUGUAUUUUCCUGGCCAAAUCCUUCUCAAUAGCUGUUUGAUAUCCUGGCAAUAGCUGAA